AUGACCCAUACACUCCCGCCUCCUUCUGCCGGACAGAACUACGUCGCCGUGACCCCGAUCCACGGAGGCGAAAUCACACUCCCUGAACCAUCAUUUGUUUCUCCAAGUGAUCCAGAGGCGGUGAUUACUGUUCCAUCAUUGAGCUUUCUGAUUACCCACCCCGGUGUUGAAAGUCAAUGCAGACCCAGGUACCUACUCUUCGACCUAGGUCUCCGUGCCCAGCUGGACAACUACAUGAAAGAGCAGAAAUCCCAUUUGGAAUCGCGCGUCCCUUACCAACUUGGCCCCGGAGUUGGUCAAUCUCUGCGGAAGGGUGGUCUGGAUCCGACUGAUAUUGACACCGUCAUCCUCAGCCACCUCCACUACGACCACCACGGCGACCCAGCAGACUUCCCUAUGGCACAGUUUUUCCUCGGAUCGGGCUCCCUCGACCUCUUUCAGAAUGGACUUGGGCCCAGUGCCUCUCAUCAGUUCUUUGAUGCAAACCUAUUCCGCGACGUCUCACGCGGGACCCAGCUCCCGAGCCCCAGCACAUCUCUAUGGAAGCCGCUUGGUCCGUUCGAGGCGACACUUGACUUGUUGAAUGAUGGAUCCAUCUAUGUUGUUGAUGCACCGGGCCAUCUUCCUGGCCAUAUCAACCUUCUCUGUCGUCUUGGAGACCGGCAGUGGAUCUAUCUAGGGGGGGAUAGUUGUCAUGAUCUACGACUGCUUAGGGGUGAGCGAGAGAUUGCUACGUGGGUGGGUGUGCAUGGAAACACGAACUGCAUACAUGUGGACAAGGCGCGAGCAGAAGAGACUUUUUCGAAGAUUAGGAGGCUGCAACAGAUGGAGGAGGUAGAUGUUGAGGUUGUCAUGGCGCAUGAUGUGCAGUGGUGGAAGAGAAAUCAACAGUCGCGUCGUUAG